GGGCGAGGGGACGCAACUUGACGCCGCCGCCGCCAUGAAGCUCAAUGUGGACGGGCUGCUGGUCUACUUCCCGUACGACUACAUCUACCCGGAGCAGUUCUCCUACAUGCUGGAGCUCAAACGCACGCUGGAUGCCAAGGGUCAUGGAGUCUUGGAGAUGCCUUCAGGUACUGGGAAGACAGUGUCCCUUCUGGCUCUGAUUAUGGCCUACCAGCGGGCGUACCCACUGGAGGUCACCAAACUCAUCUAUUGCUCGAGAACAGUGCCCGAGAUUGAGAAGGUGAUUGAGGAGCUGCGCAAGUUGCUUAAUUUCUAUGAGAAGCAGGAGGGUGAGAAGCUGCCAUUUUUGGGUCUGGCUCUGAGCUCUCGCAAGAACCUGUGUAUUCACCCCGAGGUGACGCCCCUGCGCUUCGGGAAGGAUGUGGAUGGGAAGUGCCACAGCUUGACUGCCUCCUACGUGCGGGCCCAGUACCAGCAGGAUGCCAGCCUGCCCCACUGCCGCUUCUACGAGGAGUUUGACACCCAUGGGCGCCAGGUGCCCCUCCCUGCUGGAAUCUACAACCUGGACGAUCUGAAGGCUCUGGGGCAGCGUCAGGGCUGGUGCCCAUACUUCCUCGCCCGCUACUCAAUCCUGCACGCCAAUGUGGUGGUUUACAGCUACCACUACCUUCUGGAUCCCAAGAUUGCUGACCUGGUGUCCAAGGAGCUAGCCCGCAAGGCCGUGGUGGUGUUUGACGAGGCCCACAAUAUUGACAAUGUGUGCAUCGAUUCCAUGAGCGUCAACCUCACCCGACGCACCCUGGACCGCUGUCAGAGCAACCUGGACACCCUGCAGAAGACAGUACUCAGGAUCAAGGAGACAGAUGAGCAGCGCCUGCGAGAGGAGUACAGGCGCCUGGUGGAGGGGCUGCGGGAGGCCAGCGCUGCCCGGGAGACGGACGCCCACCUGGCCAACCCCGUGCUGCCCGACGAGGUGCUGCAGGAGGCUGUUCCAGGCUCUAUCCGCACAGCAGAGCACUUCCUGGGCUUCCUGCGGCGCCUGCUGGAGUAUGUGAAGUGGCGGCUGCGCGUGCAGCACGUGGUGCAGGAGAGCCCGCCGGCCUUCCUGGGCAGCCUGGCCCAGCGGGUGUGCAUCCAGCGCAAGCCCCUCAGAUUCUGUGCGGAGCGCCUCCGCUCCCUCCUGCACACCUUGGAGAUCGCCGAUCUGGCCGACUUCUCCCCGCUCACCCUGCUCGCCAACUUCGCCACCCUGGUCAGCACCUACGCCAAGGGCUUCACCAUCAUCAUCGAGCCCUUUGAUGACAGGACCCCAACCAUCGCCAACCCUGUCCUGCACUUCAGCUGCAUGGACGCCUCCCUGGCCAUCAAACCCGUGUUUGAGCGCUUCCAGUCUGUCAUCAUCACAUCUGGGACCCUGUCCCCGCUGGACAUCUACCCCAAGAUCCUGGACUUCCACCCCGUCACCAUGGCAACCUUCACCAUGACGCUGGCCCGGGUCUGCCUCUGCCCCAUGAUCAUCGGCCGUGGGAACGACCAGGUGGCCAUCAGCUCCAAAUUCGAGACCCGGGAAGACAUUGCGGUGAUCCGGAACUACGGCAACCUGCUGCUGGAGAUGUCCGCCGUGGUCCCGGAUGGCAUCGUGGCCUUCUUCACCAGCUACCAGUACAUGGAAAGCACUGUGGCCUCCUGGUAUGAGCAGGGCAUCCUCGAGAACAUCCAGAGGAACAAGCUGCUCUUCAUCGAGACCCAGGAUGGGGCUGAGACCAGUGUGGCCCUGGAGAAGUACCAGGAGGCCUGUGAGAAUGGCCGUGGAGCCAUCCUGCUCUCUGUGGCACGGGGCAAGGUGUCCGAGGGGAUCGACUUUGUUCACCAUUACGGGCGUGCUGUCAUCAUGUUCGGGGUCCCCUACGUCUACACACAGAGCCGCAUCCUCAAGGCCCGGCUGGAGUAUCUGCGGGACCAGUUCCAGAUCCGAGAGAAUGACUUCCUCACCUUCGACGCCAUGCGCCAUGCGGCACAGUGCGUGGGUCGUGCCAUCAGGGGCAAGACUGACUACGGCCUCAUGGUCUUCGCUGACAAGCGCUUUGCCCGGGCCGACAAGCGGGGGAAGCUGCCCCGCUGGAUCCAGGAGCAUCUCACCGACGCCAACCUCAACCUCACUGUGGACGAGGGCGUCCAGGUUGCCAAGUACUUCCUGCGGCAGAUGGCGCAGCCCUUCCAUCGGGAGGACCAGCUGGGCCUGUCCCUGCUCAGCCUGGAGCAGCUGCAGUCAGAGGAGACGCUGCGGCGAGUGGAGCAGAUCGCCCAGCAGCUGUGAGCCCAGUGCCCACGCUCGCCCCCCAGGUGACAGACACGCGGCGUGGGAUCGCAGCCUUUAAUCACCAGCCUCUGCCCCCCAACUCUCCGGGCCGUCGCAGCUGUCGUGCUGUCCGCCUAGCGCGGGCUCAGGUCCUGGAUGCUGGCGCUCAGGUGCCGGGCAGGGAGCUGGGGUGGCACAGGCGCAGCUGGAGCUCUGUGUCACCCUGGCCUCAUCCCCCAAGCCCUCCUGGCCCUGGGGACCCCCUCACCUGCGUCCUGGAGGCCCUCGGACCGUCCACAUUGAGCGUGCUGAGCGACAUGGCCCUCUUCAUCCUGCACAGACAGCACAGACGUGACUCAGCCUCGGGGCGCAGCCAGGGAGGUCCUGCCGGCCCCGCCAGCCCCGCACCUACCCGGCCAUGCCUGCCAUGCCAUCCCCGCGGAGGCGGGAGACCAGCUUCUCACUCCCGCGCUUGAUGGACUCCCGGAGCUUAGAGAAGGAGCUGCUCCGAUGGAUGACCUGGGGGGGGUCAGGGGCCAGAGGUCAGGGGCCAGUCCUCCCUUCCUACCUCCAGCAGAAGCAGCCCACCCCCUCACCUGCUGCUCCGCAUCACCAGCUGUGCCUGUGCCAGGGGCUCCUGAGGAGACAGAGGGGAACAUGAUGAGGACCCCAAGAGGUGGGGGAGGGG